CUCGCACUCAUUGGAGAGAUUAAGAGAUCAUCAAGAAAGAAAAUGCCAUGUUCCAAAGAAGAAGCCCUUCAGAGACUCUUCUAUAACAUCUCCAGCUCCUUCCAGCUCCUCUUCAUCUUCUACUUUGUCUCUUCAACUUUGCUCUCCAAGCUUUCCGACUUGUUUGCAAACAUACCCUUGUUUCAAAGGAAUCAAGCUGAGCAUGAGGAUUGCUUCUCUGAGGAGGAUGUUGAAGAAGAAGAAGAAGAUGAAGAAGAAGAAGAAGAGAUUCAAGAACACUAUGGGCAGAGCAGGUAUUACCAAGUGGGCACCAGGGAAAAUGACUUGGUGGCUGACAUUAUUCAUGGUGGAGAGUCCCUGCUAUUCUACCAUAAUAGUGUUGAUAGCCCAAAAAGACGUCAGACUGUUCUCAUGGAAGGAGGAGGAGGAGGAGGAGGCGGAGGAGAAGAAGAAGAGAUUGACCACGAGGAGAAAUUAGUUCAUGAAGAGACUGAUGAUAGCAAUACCACCAAUGAGCUGGACUCUGCUCAAGACUUAUCCUUUGGCCAUCGUGAUUCAGAAAGUGAAGUGGAAGAAGAUGGUGUUGAAGAGGAGAUUCCGAGCUCCGAUUAUCUUCCGGAUUCCGGUACAACUGAUGAGGAUGGACUGAUGUUACGAACAGACGCGGAUCGACGCAAGAAUGACCUGGCACAAGAUGUUGGAAAACAGAAAGAAGGUUGCUACGACCAAGUACACUGGAAGAAGGAAGAGAGGACUGAUCAUUUCUCAGGAAAUAAUGGGAGCCUGAGUGCUUUUGUGCAACCCCAGUUGGAAUUGGAGAACAGGAGAUCUCAAGUCAUUAUCGAGAAGGACGAGGAAGAGAUCUUUGGCGACUCGUACACCAUCGGGUCUACUUCGAAGAGCUCCUCUGAAUGGAGGAGCUCCAUAAACUGCAGAGAUUCGGGGACUGAAGACCCUUUCUCUUCCUCGUCGCGGCGAAGUUGUCCGAAAUGGGAAUCCUAUACCGUCUUUCAGAAAUACGACGAAGAGAUGCUGUUCCUAGACAGAAUCACUGCGCAAAAGCUACAUGAAACUGAGUCAUUGAGAUCAAUCAAAGCGUGUCCUAGAUCAAUAUCAGAGAGGAUUGUCCAUAAAAUCGCAACCAUAAACAAGAAGCCGCCGGAUGUCCGUCACAACCCAUAUCGAGAACUGGAGGCAGCAUAUGUGGCUCAGAUUUGCUUGACAUGGGAAGCUCUAAAUUGGAACUACAAGAACUUCCAGAGCAAGCGGGUCGCUCGUCGUGACUUCGAUCCUGGAUGUCCUGCUCAUAUAGCGCAACAAUUUCAGCAAUUCCAAGUUCUCUUGCAACGGUACAUAGAGAACGAGCCUUACGAGCAGGGCCGACGACCCGAAGUCUAUGCUCGGAUGAGGCUUUUGGCACCAAAACUUCUUCAAGUGCCAGAAUACCGAGAUUCUGAAGAUGAUCAAAUUAAGGAGGAGGGUUUCCGGUCGAGGAUUUCUUCGGCGGCGUUCCUCAUGAUAAUGGAAGACUGUAUCCAAACCUUCAUGAAUUUUCUCAAGGCCGACAGGGCAAGACCCUGCCAGGUAUUAGCAGCCUUCUUCAAGAGGCACAAAAGAAGCUCUGUUGAUCCUGCACUUCUUACUCUCAUGAAGAAAGUCAAUAACAAAAAAAAUAUGAAGCUCAAAGAUGCUCGCCGGACACGGAAAUGCAUAAGGAAGAGGAAGCUCAACGUGGAUGAGGAGAUGGAGAUACUGAUGGGCCUGAUAGACCUGAAGGUGGUGUCUAGGGUUUUGAGGAUGAGUGACUUGAGUGAAGAGCAGCUUCAUUGGUGUGAAGAGAAGAUGAGCAAAGUUAGGGUUUCGCAAGGGAAGCUACAAAGAGAUUCUUCACCACUUUUCUUCCCAUCACAUUGACCCCACCAUCCAUUUUUCUAGCACAUAUUGCUUUGAUGACUAGGGGGUGAAGAUGCAUGAGUGUGCAUGGAAAUGAAUAUCCCUAGACACCCUUUUGUAAAUACUUGCGAAGGAAGGAAAUAAAAUAGAAAAAAAGUAGAUCAAAAUUGUCGUGGGACCUGCAAAUCAAAGUUACUACACGUGAGUGACAUGGAAUUCUGGAGUAUUGGAAUCUAUGAAGGGAAGUGUGAUUAAAGCUGGUUUGAUGGUGGGAUCUUAUGAAUAUUGAAAGUGAAAGAUCAAAGGCAAAGCAAGGAACGUGAAGAUAGAGACAAGAGAGGCUUUAGCUUUUCAAAUUAGGGUCUUAUCAGCAUGGGAUUUUAUCUUUGGAGGAUGACUUAUAAAGCAAAGAGAUGUCCAAGCAAGGCUGCAAGAUUUGGAGUGGGAAUUAAAUAAAAAGUAGGGGUUCAUCACAUGGGAACGUUCAAAAAGGAGUUACAUCAAAGCUGUGUGGACUUCAAGAAGAUCCCACUUGAUUUGGGGAAAUGGAAAAUAAAAGGCAAAUGAAUAAAAAAUAAAGAUGGCUAUAGAUAGGAUGACAAGUCAUGAUUCAUGGAAAAAGUGGAAAAGAAGAAAAAAGAAAAUCUUGGAGCUGGUCAUCAUGACAUGUCUUUUUCUUUUUCUUUUUUUUGGUCGAUCAUCAUGACAUGUCUCACUAGCUAGGAUUCACUGACUAAUAAAAAGGAGUCAUUUAGUAGGUGCUGGAGCAGUCUUACUUUAUGUCAAAGAUGGUAGCUACGAAUCGUCGAUAUUUUUGUAUGCUUGAAAAUUUUUAGUAUAAGUCUUACCAAUUACCAUUGAUUUCAA